AUGGCUAUCCGCAUCCACGAGUCGGUGGUGGCGGCGGUGGAGGAAGCGCUGCUCGAGGCCGAGACCCGUGUCGAGCCGGGGCCUCACCAGCUGGCUCCAUCGACUCCACAUCUCACAUCUGAAGUUAGCGGCUCGGCCUUCUCGACGCCGGCAAGUAGCGAUGCGGACGUGGCGCGGGAAAACUCGCCGUCCGCCGAGGCCCGGCUGCCGAUGGAGGCGACGGGCGUGGCUGGAGGCCCCGCAAGCGAGCCGAGCACAAGUGUGGACGUGGCGGCAGCAAAGCUGACAAUUGCCAGCGGCGACGCGACGGUGCAUGACGAGCGGCAACCGCUGCUGACGUCGACGUUUUCGAUCCAGUCGGGCGGCAGCGCCGAGGGCGGCAGCAUCGGCGAUCGUGAGGCCCAAACGGUGAUGCCAGCGCAGCGGGCGCGUGACCAGAAGGCGCGGCGGGCGCUGAUCAUUGCCACUGUUUUCACGGUCAUCUUUAUGUGCGUGGAAAUUGCUGGUGGGUACGUUGCCGGCUCGCUGGCGAUCAUGACCGACGCCGCGCAUCUGCUGACGGAUGUGGCGGCGAUGUGCCUCUCGCUCUUUGCCAUGCACCUGUCGAAGAAAAAGUCGACAGACAAGAUGACCUUUGGCUACCAGCGAGCAGAGAUUCUGGGUGCGCUGGCGUCAAUUGUCACCAUCUGGGUCCUUGUGUCGAUCAUCACCUACGAGGCCAUUGUCCGCCUGGUGUCAGACGUCAAGCGCGAGGGCGACGCCAUCGACUCGGUCAUCAUGACCAUCAUCGGCAGCGCCGGUCUCUUGGUCAACAUUAUCGACGCGCUCAUUCUGGCGUGGGGCAACGCCUCGCACUCACACUCGCACGGCGGCGGCGGGCAUUCGCACUCGCACUCGCACUCGCACGGCGGGCAGGCCUCCGCACCGGCUGAAGUGCAUGCCCACGGCCAUGCCCACGGCCAUGCCCACGGCACGGCGACAGUCGACGAGUUGCCAAACUCGGGCGUGGGCAACGUUAACGUCCGGGCCGCCUUUAUCCACGUCCUCGGCGACUGUGCACAGUCUGUUGGAGUCAUUGCCGCCGCAGGCGUCAUCUGGGCUGGCAACCACUUUACCUACGGCACACCAACGAAGCAUGGCUCGCUGUACAACAUCGCCGACCCGGUUGCCUCGCUCCUCUUUGGUAUCAUCACCCUCUUUACCACCGUCUCGCUCGUUCGCGGCAUCCUCCGGGUCCUCAUGCACUCGACGCCCGAGACCGUCGACAUGCCCCAGCUCAAGGCGCAGUUGCGGGCCAUCCCGCACUUUCGCGGCAUGCACCACCUCCACGUCUGGUCGCUCACCUUUGACAACAUCUUCCUCUCGGCUCACAUCAUCGCCGAGCAGUCGCACCACGCCGACGUCCUCACCGCUGCCGAGCACAUUUGCAACUCGCACGGCAUCGGUCACACCACCAUCCAGAUGGACUCGCCGCUCAACGACUGCACCGUCACGACCCGGCCAGGCAUCCGUUGCCAGUAG